AAAAGCAUGAGAGCAGGGCAGGCUUAGCUGGUCCGGCUUACCUACCAUAGAGAAUAUGAGCGUCCCCUGGAGAAGUAUCAGAGGUAGGUUUUGUAAAGGCUAGAGGGGUCCUAGGUAAUCCACCAAUGGUCGGGAGUAUAGAAGAGCAUCCAGGUGCAGGAAAUACCUGUGAUCAUGGUAUUGAAGCCAUGGCCACUGCUCGGGUUACAAGCACUGCCACCAAUACGGCCGCAAUUGCUGCACAACAGGUACCAAUGUGCUGCUCUACCAUCAGUUGGUUGAGCCAAGUCAGCCAAAAUUUGCGAGAGAAAGAGAGAGAGAGAGAGCAAGCCCCGUCCGAUGGUCGGCAAUUGUGUGAAGCCGUGGACGGACAAAUCCAUGCGGCGAGCUGGACUGGUGGAUGGAGCUGCCCAAGUCGGCGAAGGUGACGGAGGAGGCGAAGAAGACAUGGCAGAGGAGAGGGAAUGAGGAGGGGGGACUUGCGUGAAUGAAGGAGCACAACUGACUUGAUGUAUUAUUUGUCGUGGACUUUUUGCCCUUCGCCCGUCUUCGUUACACCCACAAUUUUGACCAAAAACCUGUUGGGCCGUUGUCGAACAACAAUUGUGCUCAGUUUGGUAUGUUUUUUCGCACCUGUGAAUGAUUUAAGAGGGUGAACAAUAGUGAAAACAAAGUCGAUUUUCUGUGGACGACUGCCCUGGAUGGGGCUAGGCUUGACCUUGUGAUGAAGAUUUGGUAAGAUUCGAAAACCAACCAUGAUGGCAUCCAGGGAGAGUCGAUCUUCUAGCAAUUCGGAUCGAAUCAGCAUGAAUUCCAAUGAUGGCAUAUCCCACUCACCGACUUACGUCUUGGAACAUCUGGCAACAUUUUCCGUUUCGCCAGAGAACGACCUGAUCUACCCGGCUGACGGCAUGAGGCGUCUCUUGGCUAUGGAAAAGACUAAUGGCAUUUGGACGCAGAAAAUGUUGAUGCGAAUCGAAAACAAGUUGGUCAACAUCAUGGAUCAUGAGAAUAAGGACAUUGUGGAACAAUUCCCUUUGGCGCUGGUGAGAGAGCCCACCGCCUUCACGAGCACAGACCCAAAAGAGCUGUACAACAACAUCUUGAUCUUCAUUGUGGGCCAUCCUCCCGGAGAAAGCCCAAUUCCGGCCGAGAUGCACAUCUUUCAGUGCGUAAAUGUUCGAGCUCGCGAUGUGGUCGAGGACAUCAAGUCCUACCACGGGGGCCGAGGGGGAGCCUUGUCCCGAAGUGGCCAGGAGAUUGCCGUCGGGGAUCUAACGCCCUACGGCGGAAACGGCACUGAGCGCUCACUGCGCUCAGCUCAAGUGCCCUUGGCUGCUCAGCUGGAUCCCGAGCUCCGAAAAGGGGAUUUGGAUGGUGACGAAACGAGUUCCACCUCCAGUGAUCGCUACGAGAAAGAUGUUGCCAUAUUGAAUCGAUGCUUCGACGACAUUGAGAAGUUCAUUGCACGCCUCCAACAUGCGGCGGCGGCAUUUCGGGAACUUGAAAAGAGACGCCGUAGCAGGAAAUCAAAAAAGAAAGACAUGGGCGACGGUAUGCUGUCGAUGAGAGCUAAACCUCCCCCGGAGCGCGAAUUUGUGGAUAUCUUCCAAAAAUUUAAGCUCUCUUUCAAUCUUCUGGCCAAGCUCAAGGCUCAUAUUCAUGACCCCAAUGCACCCGAGCUCAUUCAUUUCCUCUUCACGCCUUUGGCACUCAUUGUUGAUGCGUCUCAUGAUUCUCAUUACGGUCCCAAUCUCCCGGCGAAAGUUGUGGCUCCCCUUUUAACGGGCAGUGCCGUUGAGCUUCUCAUCAACUGCCUCACGUCGAAAGAGAGUGAAUUGUGGCACUCACUGGGCGAAGCCUGGUACAUCCCGGCUGAGGAAUGGAAGGGGUAUGUCCCACCCUACAGACCUGUGUUUAUGGAUGGAUGGAGUCCUUCCCAUUUUGUGGAUGAAUCCGAGAAUCUGACCAACAGAAACUUUCAUCCUGAGGAUGAGGAGGAUAUUGAUCAAAUCGAUUCGCACUCGCCAAUGCCUGGACGUCGCAGCCACCACCAUCAUCAUCAUCAUCACCAACAGCAUCAUCCGUCGGAGCCGCUCAGUGCCGAUUCUGACGUAGAGCAACAAAGGGGCGGUCCUCCAUACCGCUAUGGGCGAGACAGCCGGUUAGGAUCGGAACUAUCGACUAAUUCACCUGACCCCCGAAGUAACGGCUACGAAGAUCCUCGGACGCGAUUUGAAAACCAGCAACGCGCUUUCAUGCAGCACCUCUUGAAGCAAGGCACCAAAGUGGUUCAGGUCACUUAUCCACGAACUGCAAACAACGAUAAGGAGCUCAGUGUUGUUCGCGGGGAGUACCUAGAGGUUUUGGAUGAUACGCGCAAAUGGUGGAAAACCCGUAACAUUCAUGGGCAAGUGGCUCAUGUGCCUCAUACUAUUGUGGCAGAAGCAGCCUUGGAUUUUGGGCCUGGUCGCCAUCCUGGGGAAUCACGGGGAGCCCGUGGUCGACGAAGUGGUGGGGGUGGUGGGGAAAUGCGAUACUUUUAACACCAACAGCCACAUAUUCACACACUCAACCAAUCUGAAGAAGAGCCUGCCAUCAUCUUAUUCAAGUUAAAUUCAAAUUUUGAAAGAUAUCGUGGAAAGAAGUUUGUAACCUGUUCAGUAACGCAUGCCAACACUUAAAAUCUAAUGUGCCUAAACAAUCAUUCCUCCCUAUCUAAUAUUGAUAAGAAAUAUAGGCAAUUUAAAUUAUUAAAA